AUGGAAUCACUAGAUGUAUUUCGUCAUUCUUGGCAAAAGGAAAUUUCUCGAGAAAAACCAGCUUCUGUUCCAGUCGCUAGCGAUCAUUCACAAGCAUCAACAGGUGAUCUUUGUCGAUUAGGAGCGAAUUAUAAGAAUUCAUCUGAACAUCAAACAAUAAUCCCUCCCGUCUCACAAUCAAGCCCGUCAUCACGAACAGCGCCGAGUCAUGCUUCAUUUACCAUUGGUAUAGGUACAUUUAUUGCAACGAAUACAGCUCAUUUAUCUGUUAAUAAGUCAUCCAGUAUUGAACCGCCUGUACCGAAGAAGCUCAAAACAGCGCAUUCCACUCUCCUUGACGAGCUCAUACGUGAUAUUGAUGAAGCGACAGAUGUCCCAUUUUUUAAUGUAUCCUUACCACGUGAAAUAGCUUUACAAAUAUUCGAUCAUUUAUCAAUCAAAGAUCUCUAUUCAUGUUUACAAGUUUGCAGAGCAUGGCAUUCUUUAUCAUGUGAUGAAUUAUUAUGGUACAACAUCUACAAACAAUUAGACGAUGAUAAGCCAGUGAGGAAACGGGAUGAUACGUGGAAAAAUUGUGUCAAAGAAACAGUGUUAUUCAGUCGACAAUUAGUGCAGAAUUUUAAAAAUCACCAAUGUCGUACGACAAAAUUAACAUACCGUUUGGGAAAGGUUUUGACAUGUGCAAGUAAUAAUUCAACAACGAUCGUAGCUGGCUAUUCAACUGGUACCAUACGCACAUGGUCAAUUGAAGCUAUUUUGAGUGAAAAUACUUGCGAUGGUGAUGAUGGUGACAACGAUACACAGUUGGACACGCCUGAUAUUAUUUACGAAUCAACGGAUGUAAACCAAUUAACGGAUAUUUCCAGUGUCAAAUCAGUAGGAUUUUUAAAAAAUGAUAUCUACGCUGUACAUGACGAUGGCCUCUUGGAAGUUUGGACGAAAGAUAUUGGAGAUCAGCCACGGUACACUCAGCAAUUAACAUCGCUGCCACUGGUAGAUAUUUCUAACACUGAUGAUCUCUUGUGCACCGCCAGUCAAUCGAGAUUCAACGUAUGGAAUUUCCAGAAGCCCGAAGUCGUGCCUGAAUUUCAAGAACUUAAUUUCUUCACUGACCUCAAUGACUCGAUCCUAUCUCAAUGCAUAUCUAGUCAUCAUGCCAUACCUAUUGCAGUAAUCGCUGGCAAAAAAUCGCUUUGGUGUAUUUCCUUGUUAAAUCUCUCGCAUCGUUUAUCCUUCUACUCAACACUUGCAUACAAUUCUAUGCAAAAAGUCCCACUAGAUAUUCACAACGAGGCACCACUGGCCAUAAUCGGUGUUGAAAAUGAAAUCAAAUUAUUCGAUUUACAAAGCGCUCGUUGUAAUAUUGUUGCAACAAAUUAUAAACAUCUUCCAGCGAAUGUUCAUCUAAUUCAAGCUGAUAAAUGUCCUCGAAACGAAUUUCUUGUUGCUUACGAUAAUGCACAGAUCAGUAUAUUCGAUCAGCGACAAAAGGAUGGAGCCGUACAGCAUUUUUAUAAUCACUUUGCGACAAUUACAACGCUGCAAAUGGAUACGUGGAAAUUAGCAAGCUCAGACAGGCGUGGAUUUGUUCGUCUUUGGGAUCGACGAAUGCAUCCUCAUUCACUAUGGCAUAUGAAUCCUCAACCGCAUCCAGUAACACAUUGUUCAUUUGAUAAACAAACUUUAAUCUGCGCAUUAACACCACUAUGCAAACGUCCCGAUAUGAUCGAAUAUGAGUUCAAUUCGGAUCCUCUCUCUGGCCAUAUUUAUGUCUGUGAUUUUAACUCAGAUAUCUCUACUAAACUGGAUGAUGAUUUAAAGAUUUGCACAUCAACUUACGAUGCACCGAAAGCAUCCAAUCGAAGGAUUGGUUUACAUACUCCAUAUGAUAUUAUACAAUAA